AUGCUCGGAUAUCUCUACUUCCAAGAUGAGAAGAACACGGUUCCUACAGUCCCGGCGGACACCAUCAAAGCAUCGCUCUCUAUGGGCAUGAUUGUGGGCCAGAUUGGUUUCGGAAUCUUCGGCGAUGCCCUGGGCCGUCAUAGCAUCUACGGCAAAGAGCUCAUGGUGACAAUACUUGGUACCUUCUUGGUUGUCUUGAUGCCAUGGAAGGGCUUCUCGCACCACGAUGUUAUUGCGUGGAUGUCUGUGUUUCGGGUGGUGACGGGCAUUGGGAUCGGUGGAGACUAUCCAAUGACCUCAGCUUUGUCCGCCGAACAUAAUCCUCUGCGCUCUCGGGCUAAGCUUGUGCUCGCAGUCUUCGCCUCUAUUGGUUUUGGGGGUAUGACUGUUGGCAUAGUUUACCUUGUCCUUCUGGCGGCCUUCAAGUCGUCUGUCAACGACAACAUAUACCACCUCCAAUGGGUGUGGAGGUUAUUGUUCGGCAUAGGGCUUAUUCCCCUCAUCAUCACGCUCUAUUUCCGUUUGACUAUGCCUGAAAGUAAGCCCUAUCGACAAUGUGAGUAUCCGCUAAUCACGACAGAUGUUGCCGAGGAGACGUCUCUUAAGAGGGACGGCAAACGAGGUCUUCGUGAGCAAUUCCGAGAUUUCAAGGUAUAUUUCUCGCAAUGGAAGCACGCAAAAGUCCUAUUCGCCGUCAGCAUGUGCUGGUUUCUCUUCGACAUUGCUUUCUACGGAGUCAACCUCAACCAGAGCAUUGUACUGUCGAGAAUUGGUUAUGGCAAGGGACCCACCCCAUGGCACACCCUCUGGAAUACUGCUGUUGGCAAUAUCAUCGUAGCGGCUGCGGGAUAUCUUCCAGGUUACUACAUCGGAAUAUUCCUGCCCGACUGGAUCGGCAGAGUGAAGCAACAAUUCUACUGCAGUGUUGUCGUUGCUGUCCUGUAUGCCAUCUGGGCAGGCGUGUCCAAUCAUAGUUCAACCGCCGGAUUGGUGACGCUGUUCACACUGUCCCAAUUGUUCCUCAACAUGGGACCAAACUGUACAACCUUCCUAAUGCCAGUUGAGGUCUUCCCGACCCGAGUCCGGGGGACAGCGCAUGGUAUCGCAGCAGCUUCGGGGAAGGCGGGCGCCGUGGUGACUGCCUUUUCUUUUGGGUCGCUCACGGACGCUAUUGGACUGCCUGCUGUUCUCGGUAUCCUUGCGGGGAUCAUGUCUCUUACCGCCCUAUGCACAUUGUUGAUCCCCGAAACCAAAGGCCGCACCCUUGACGAGAUCGAACAGGGCGUCAUCUAUGGCGUCAAGGGCAGCACCGAUAGCGUCACGUCGAGCGAGGGCGCAUCUCCGGUGUUGGAAGGGAGAACAAAGGUCCAUGUGGCUGCCGAUGGCAAGCACAAGGACGUUGAAUCUAUGUGA